UCGCGAGGCCUAGCAGCAGCAGCAAGCAGCGAGCGAGGCGAGCAGCACGUAGAAGCAGCCGACCGCCAUGGCGCGCCGACGCCCGCCUCGCCGAAGAAGAGGGACGCGAGCCGACGACCUGCGGUCAUCCCGACGCUGUCGCUGAGUGCGCCCGCGCAAGGGCGCGCCACCGCAGGCGCAGAUGGACUCCCUGCACCGGCGGCCAUACGCGAGCUCGGAGUCAUGGCCCGAGAGCCCGCCGGAGCCGGCACCCGCGGUGCCACCGCGCAACGCGUACGCAGAGCCGCCCAGCUACAGUGAGACCACGGGCCCCAUGGUGCCGCCGGCCGCGAGCCGCGUCAACCCGCAGCUCAUCAUCGAAGCCCCGCCGGCCACCUCCACAUCCCUGGCGGCCGCGCUCACCCAGCGGCUAAGGCCGCGCAGCGGCUGGCAGUGGGCAUGCUUGGCGCUGGCCGCCCUCGCGGCAACCCUCGCCGCCGCACUGGCCUACGUCGCCGCCGCCGGACCGGCAGCCAAACCGUGCGUGCUUCUGGACGUGGCGGCCGAGAGCCUAUCCGCUUCCGCGCCGCCCCCGCCGCACCGGCAUAACAACAACCAGCAGCAGCCGCAACAGCCUCAACAAAAAAACCAGCAGCAGCACAAUCAGCAGCAUAAUCAGCAGCAGCCUGCCGCGCGGGAGCCGUGUCGACCGCCCGCGCAGGCUGACGCGUACGCCGAGGUGGAACUUGGCACCCGGCUCACCCAUCACCUGGAGGCGCACGACGCGUGGAACGUGCGUUUCGAGCAGCCCGAGGCGGCGUUCGUGCGCUUCAACGUGACCGCGCCGCAAGGCGCGCGGCUCGCCCUGCUGGCCAGGCGCAACGAGCCGCCGUCGCUGACCGCCCGCGACGUGGCCGAAGUGGUGGCCACCGCCGGUGGACAUCGGUCGGCAGUCCUGGAAGAGGUUGACCUGAUUCAUUUCCUGGAACCCGGCACGUGGUUUCUGUCGCUUAUCAAUGACGACCCGUUACCGGUGUCGCUAGCUCUGCAGCCGGCAGUGGCAAGGGACGUGCCGACCAGUUGUCCGAGCCAGUGCCACGGCCACGGCAGCUGCCGCCUGGGACAGUGUCACUGCUUCCCAGGGUACAUCGGUCUGGACUGCGCGGACAGCGUUUGCCCGGUGCUCUGCAGCGGCCAUGGACGCCUCGUCCAGGGGCGCUGCCGUUGCGAGCCCGGAUGGAAGGGCGCCGAGUGCGCCGUGCGUGACGAUCUCUGCGAGCUGCCCGAUUGCUCGGGACACGGCCGGUGCGUGCGCGGCCGCUGUAUCUGCGAGCCCGGUUUCGGCGGCGAAAACUGCGAGCGCCCCGACUGCCCAGACCCCGAGUGCGGCUCCCGCGGCGCUUGCGUCCAGGGCCGCUGCUGGUGCAAGCCUGGAUGGCGCGGUGCGAACUGCAGCGACGCCGACGAGCGGCUCAGCCGCUGUCUGCCGGACUGCUCGGCGCAUGGCGUUUACGACCUAGAACGCGAGGCGUGUGUCUGCUUUGAUCAGUGGACCGGCGACGACUGCAGCCGCGCUAAGUGCGAGCUGGACUGCGGCCCCCGGGGCCGCUGCGAAGAGGGUCACUGUACCUGCGAGGCCGGUUGGACGGGCGGCCGGUGCGAGCUGCGCGAGUGCGACACGCGCUGCUUGCAGCACGGCCAGUGCAACAACGGCACCUGCGUGUGCAUCCAGGGAUGGAUGGGCCAGCAUUGCACGUUAGACGGCUGCCCCGAGGGCUGCCACACCCACGGCCAGUGCGUGCGCGACGGCGAGCGCUGGCGUUGCGCCUGCCUUGCCGGCUGGGCAGGUCGCGACUGCAGCGUUCCGCAGGAGACGCAGUGCAGCGACAAGGCGGACAACGACAAGGACGGCCUGGUGGACUGCGCUGACAGCGAGUGUUGCUACCGGCCCGAGUGCAGCGAGAGCCUGCUGUGCCUGUCAUCGCCGGAGCCGCAGGACAUCCUGCUGCGCAAGCAGCCACCCGCCGUGACGGCGUCCUUUUACCAGCGCAUGAAGUUCCUCAUCGAGGAGGACAGCGUGCAGAGCUACUCGCAUCGCGACGAGUACUCCGAGAGCCAGUUCUGGAGCGCCUUCGCCAAGAGCCGAGUGUCAGUGAUUCGCGGGAGGGUCACCGGCAAGGAAGGCAACGGUAUCGUCGGCAUCCGCGUCAGCGUCGCCACGGACCCGCAGUUCGGCUUCACGCUGACCCGCAACGACGGAUGGUUCGACAUCUUGGUCAACGGUGGCGGCGCCGUGACGCUGCAGUUCCAGCGCAACCCGUUCCACCCAAUAAAGCGCACAGUGCUCGUUCCUUGGAACACCAUCGUGGUCAUGGGCCACGUGGAGAUGGCGGUGCUUGGGGGCGAACCGGCCGAAGAGGGCGGUCGCCGUCUACAGCAGCCCGCCUGCGAGGCGCACUCAUACCAACGCAUGCAGCCCGUGCUGUACCAGAGCGCCCGGCCAUCCGGCGGCUGCAGCGGGUCAGCCGUGCUGGCCGAAAGUCGCGAGUUGCAGGAGACAUUGCAGGUACCCGGAUCCGGACUGCAGCUCGUGUACCGCAGCGGUCAGGUGCAGGGCUACCUGGCUACGCUGCAUCUGCGUCUGACGCCGUCCAUCAUCCCGCCAGAGCUGCGCCUGGUGCACCUGCGCAUCGUAGUCGAGGGCAUUCUGUUCGAGCGCACCUUCGAGGCAGACCCGGACAUCGAGUACACAUUUGCCUGGAACAAGCGCAACGUCUACAAGCAGAAGGUCUACGGGCUGGCCCGCGUGCUCGUCUCAUUGGGUUACGAGUACAGCUCUUGCGACCAACCUAUUUGGACUACGCAGUCGACAACGCUACCCGGCCAUGACAUGGAUGUGUCCGAGCUGGGCGGCUGGAACCUGGACGUACACCACCGGUACAACUUCCAGCAAGGCGUGCUACAGAAGGGUGAUGGGUCGGCGCUGUACCUCGCACAGGCGCCACGUGUCAUGACCCUGUUGGCCGGGACGGGUGAGCCGCGCGCACUAUUAUGCGGUGCAGCCGAGUGCAGCGGGGGUCCAGCGCGGCAACAACGGCUGCUGGCGCCCUCUGCGCUGGCCGCUGGGCCCGACGGCAGCGUCUACCUGGCAGACUUGAACCUCGUGCGGCGCGUGACGCCCGAGGGGCAACUGUACACCGUGUUGCGGCUACGCGGCGCGGGCGACGCUUCGUGCCAGCUCACUCUAAGCCCCACCGACGGCCACCUGUACGUGUCCGACCCCGAGCGACACCAGGUGCUGCGUGUCCACUCACUCGACAAGGUUGACGACCCGGACUCGAACUUCGACGUAGUCGUGGGCAGUGGCGAACGCUGCCUACCUCGUGACAACUGCGGUGACGGUAGGCCCGCACUGGAGGCCAAACUCGCCUAUCCCAAAGGGCUGGCCGUUGCCGUGGAUAACAGCCUAUACGUAGCCGACGGCAGUAGCAUCCGCGUCGUCGACAGCCGUGGCAUUAUCGACACACUUAUCGGAGAUCCCCGAGGUCGCAGGCGCUGGCGGCCGUUUCCGUGCGCCGGGGCUCUGCCAGUGGGCGAGGCAAAGCUACGGUGGCCCACUGAGCUUGCUAUCAACCCGCUCGACAACUCUUUGCAUUUCAUCGACGACCACAUGGUACUCCGACUAACAUCCGAUGAACGGCUUCUCGUGGUGGCUGGCCAACCAGUCUACUGCCCACAAGGCGAACAGGACAGUAACCCGUUAGGCGCCCUAGUGAGCUUUGCGUUCGGACCAACUGGAGAGCUGUACGUGGCGGAAGUGGAUGAGACUGACCGGCAAAGCGUGCGAGCCCUCGCACCCGACGGCACGCUUACGCUUUUUGCCGGAUGCCACCAGCAGCGUGAGGGCUGCCGUGCGCCAGGUAAUGCGACAUUGGCCGUGGAAAGUGACCUACGUUCCGUAGCGGCAUUGGCAGUCACCAGCGACGGCGUGGUCCACGUAGCAGAUCUGGGGCGCCGACAGGUGUUCUCAGCGCUGCCCUAUCUUCCAGAACCGGACGAGCAGCAGGAGUACCAGAUCGCGCAGCCCGACAGCCACGAGCUGUUCGUGUUCAACAAGUAUGGUCAGCAUGUGGUCACUAGAAGUCUCCUAACUGGAAAAGCCAAGUACACGUUCCUCUACAACGUCAACACCAGCUUCGGCAAGCUCAGCGCCGUCACCGACACGUCGGGAAACAAGGUGGCCUUCUUACGUGACUCGGCCAACAGCCUUCACACGAUCGAGACGGCGCGAGGCCACAAGUGCCGCGUUCACGUGGCACAAGACAAGCUUCUCGAGUCAUUCGUAGAUCCAGAUGGGCUCCAGACACACUUCGUAUAUGGACCGGGUGGCCUGCUGGCUAGCAGGUACGAUGCAACGGGCGCGACCUUCCAUUACGCCUACGAUGAGGCCGGCCGACUGAGCCAACUGGUCACGCCCAGCGGACUCGUGCGCCGAUUGUCAUUCUCGUUAGCUCCUUCGGGUGCUGCGUCUGUGUCCGUCGGUGACUCACUCGAGGUGACCACCGUGAGGCCGGGCAGCGUACAGUGCAGCCGAGGAGGCAUGGCUGCCGAGACGACAACGACACGACCGUACGGCGGCCUGCUGCUCUCAACGCCUUGGAAGGCAGCCGCGCUCCUAUGGGACGCCGGACCCCACCGCGUCCUCGAGCACUUGUUACCCGUGCAGGCCGGCAUGUUUCCUAUGCCGCUGAGCAAAGUGCUGCUCUGGGACGGCAAGCCUAGCGACCGCCGGCUGGAGUGGCGCUACGAGCUCAAGCUGGCCAAAGGCGCCAUCUCGGCCGUGGAACGUGCGCUGCUGGUAAACGGCAGCCAAUACUUAACGGCCGAAUACGACUGGGUGGCGGCGCGCGAAAUCAUUUACAACGGCUCGCGUCGACCACUGCUCGUCGUGCAGUACGACAGCUUCGCACGACCAGUCCAAUGGCUGCCGACGGGAGGUUCUCGGGUGCCUCUAAAUGCCGCCUACGACCGGUUGGGCCGACCUAGCGGCUGGCAGCGCGGUCCGCUCUCCCAAACACUCGCCUAUGAUCGACUGGGCCGCCUUAUAGAGGUGCGAGCGGCCGACGGCAGCGCGUUGCGAUAUGCUUACGAGGCCGGAGCCAGUCAACCUAGCCGCGUGCUUCUGCCUAGCGGCCGCGCAUUUGCCUUCGGAUACGAUGAGCACGGCGGCCUGGAGCACGUGCGCACGCCUCGGGACGGAGCGCGUCAUGCCUUCCUACUACUCGCAUUUAUCGGCUUCUACCGUCUCACUUACACGGCACCCGGAGGGUCGGGUGCCUACGUGCUCCACCUGGACGACCGAGGCCUACCGUUGCUGCGCAUUUUCCCAGGAGACCGGGGUCGCGUGCUCUACCGCUACAACGCCCUCGCGCAGCCGACCGAAGUCGUGUUUGGCGGCGGCAAGGUGCAACGCAACUACACAGCCGCCGGCCUGGUACGCGCCGAGAGCUGGAGCGAGGAGGACGUGCAGGUGCGCCACGAGUACUUCUACGACGGGCCUCUGCUGAGCCAGUGCGUGGCACGCUUCUACAGUCAGUUCCAGUUGACUACGGCGCAUUUCCAGUACCGCUACGACUCGCGGAUGAGGAUGCGCGCUCUGGGCGUGCGCGUGGGCACCCUCCAGUUCCCAGAGACCGAGCUGGCUUUCUCAGCGGGAGGACGCCUCAUACAGCUGGAUGCUUUCCGGAUCACACGAGACGGCACGGCCGGGAACAUGACGCUUUCGGACGGUACGGCCGCUUUCAGCCGUCACCUGGACACGUUGGGCCGUCUACAACAAUCCACUCUGCGCGUCGGCGACAAGGAGCUCUUCCGCAUGGAACUGCAGUACGACACGCGCGGACGAGUCGCCCAGACGCGCACACUGAUGCGGCUGGCCGGAGGCGUCCAGCUGCGGACGCACAACUUCUCGUACGACGCCGACGGACAGCUGACGGAAAUGCUCGGCAAGGACCACUGGCGUUUCAGCUACGACGCCGGUGGCAACAUCGUCACCAUGCAAUACAUGGGCAAUAAGAUCGAAAUUCUGCACGAUGCCGGCGACCACGUGCUUCGCUUCGGCGAGACGCCGUUCGUGGUCGAUGGCCGCGGUUUCGUGGUGCAGCGUGGCGAAGAACGCUUCGCGUACAACACGCGGGGUCAGCUGGUACGCGCCCAGCGGCCCCGGCGCGGUCGCUACGAAGUACGCUACUUCUAUGACGCGCGAAGUCGCCUCGCCAUGCGCAAGGACCACCUGGGCAACCUGACACAAUUCUUCUACGCCGACCCGGCACGGCCGACGCUCGUCACGCACGUGUACAACAACGCAGACGGCCGUGGCAUGACGCUGCUGUACGACGAGCGCGGUUUCUUGGUGCAGCUGCGCGUCAACAGGGACUCCUUCUACGUGGCCUGCGACCAGGCAGGCAGUCCGACGCUCGUCUUCGACCGCCACGGAGACGCCCUCAAGGAGGUGUACCGUGGGCCGUACGGGCACAUCAUCUACGACUCGGCGCCCCUGCUUUACGUGCCGGUGGACUUCCGCGGCGGCAUCCUGGACCCACUCACCGGCUUGGUGCACUUCGGCGAGCGCAUCUACGAUUCUCUCAUGGGCCGCUGGAUGACGCCGCAGUGGGACCGCGCGCUGCGUCUGCAUGACGUGCGUGACUUGCACCUCUACCAGUUCAACCGCAACGACCCGGUUAACCUGCACCCGGAGCGGCCAGCCGGAGACUCCGACCAGGAGCUUCCAGACUGGGUGGAGAGCCAAGGCCUCGGCCUCUCGGGCCUGGGGAUGUCCGGCUGGCCGCCGAAGGACGAGCAGCGGCCGUACAGCACCGACGACGACGAAGACGACGAGACAGCGGUCCUUCCGUGGCGACUGCCCGCCGUGUCCGGCACUGCCUGCGCAGCGCGGAGGCGUCUUCGGGGCUUCUCGCAGCUCUCCAGCGUCGAACCGUCGGCGCUGGGACGGCGGCGACCUCAAGAAGGGCUCAUGCCGCGUCGGCUGAGCCGGGCCGUGGAGCCGUUCGGCCGUGGGCUCAGCGUGUCCCGGGUGGACGGGCGCGCCGUCGUGCGCUCGGCGGAGCGGGCCGACCCCAUCCGUCGAGACGUGUUCGUCUCGGUGUUCAACAACUCGCACCUUGUAGACCUGCACCCUGUGCUUCAGGGCAACGACGCCUUCUACUUCGUCAAGGACAGUGCGUGGCGCUUUCACGAGGACGUGACGCAGCUACAGCGGCUCGGUGCCGCCGUCAACACGACCGUGCACCAGGGCGACGUGUCGGACGUGCGCAUACACACGACGCACGCCGUGCUCAACCUGCGCUACGGGUCGCCGCCCGACCGCGAGCGGCAGCGCAUCCUGUGGCACGCCAAGAAGCACGCGCUCAGCCAGCGCUGGGCGCACGAGCGCCAGCUGCUGCUGGCCGACGCGCACGGAGCCGCGUCCUGGAGCGACCAGGACAAGGAGCACAUCCUGCGCGCCGGAUCGGCACCCGGGUACCGCGCCGACUACUUCCACCCCGUGGACGCUUACCCGGAACUGGCCGACGACCCGUCCAACUUGGUGUUCCGAAAACUGAGCUGAUACGUGACAGCCGUGCGCGAUGCUGCAGCCGCUGCAGCCCAACCGAAUCAGCAACGAAGGUCGCCGUCGCGUCCUGCGCGCGGCGACCGUGUACAGUGCGCGGGGCGCGCCCGUGGAAUCAGUGUUGUCUUGACGAACGCUUGCCUCUCAUUCGUGCCUGGCGACCCACGAGCCACUGCAGUCUAUUCCCAGAGCUUCUCGAGCGCCACCGGAACGAGUCGUUUCGUGGCGGACUGUGCCCCGACGUGUGGCGCCACGACGUUCCGCGCGCUUCCACGGGUUGACAACGCCUGCUCCUCGUCCUCGUGCUUGUCUUCAAUCCGCGCGUCGCAAUAAUGUCCGUUUCUUAUUUCAGAGCUAUAAUAAGGAGCGAAUGGGGAUCAGGAAUAAAAAUGUUGUAAUCGAA